AUGCAACUACGCAUAAAGCUAUAACUAUAUCCGCGAGGGAAACGAUAAUUAUCCUCCGGCGCUCAACAAAAUCUCCCCCGCCAUGUUAACUCUCUCCAUUCUCUCACCUCCUUCGCACUGCUACAGACCUUGUCCCGACGCAUCCUCUCGAUCUCCUCUUCCUCCAAAAUCCUUCCUUCGGUUAGGGUUUUGCUGCUUCCGACUACUUCGCACGCCGACUCCGAACCAUUUACCGCAAUCCCGGCGCUCCUACAAGUUUCCUAGGUCAAUCUUUCGGCCGGAGCCUCAACUAUCCGACGCCGACGAAGAAGAGGAGGAGGAGGAGGCGGACGACGAAGACGACGAUGAUGAAGAAGAAGCAGCCGAUGAGUACGAGUACGUGGCCGGCGACGUCGUUGACGGUGCCGAACAGAGUGAGGACGAAUUUGAGAGUUCGCUCAUUGGUGCCUCGGGGCCAAAGCCUCCGUUCGAGGAGUUCAAGUGGCAGAGAGUAGAGAGGCUCCGCAACGAAGUGAAAGCGUUCGGCGAACAAAUCAUCGAUGCUAAUGAACUUGCUUCCAUUUACGAUUUCCGCAUCGAUAAAUUUCAGCGAUUGGCAAUUCAAGCGUUCUUGAGAGGUUCAUCAGUGGUAGUGUCGGCACCAACCAGCAGUGGUAAGACUUUGAUUGCUGAAGCUGCAGCCGUUGCAACAGUGGCCCGAGGGAGGAGAAUAUUCUAUACUACUCCUCUUAAGGCACUAUCGAAUCAGAAAUUCCGUGAGUUUCGCGAAACAUUUGGUGAUAGCAGCGUUGGUCUUCUUACUGGAGAUUCUGCUGUCAACAGAGAUGCUCAGGUUUUAAUUAUGACUACUGAGAUUCUGCGCAACAUGCUAUAUCAGAGUGUUGGGAUGUUUUCAUCUGAAAGUGGACUUUUUCAUGUCGAUGUUAUUGUUUUGGAUGAAGUGCAUUAUCUAAGUGAUAUAUCUCGGGGUACAGUUUGGGAAGAAAUAGUCAUUUAUUGCCCCAAAGAAGUUCAACUCAUAUGUUUGUCUGCAACAGUUGCAAAUCCAGAUGAAUUAGCUGGUUGGAUUGCUCAAAUUCACAAUAAAACUGAACUGGUGACAUCAUCAAAGCGUCCAGUUCCAUUGACUUGGCACUUCUCCGCAAAAACAUCCUUGUUACCUCUUCUUAAUGAGAAAGGAACAAGCAUGAACAGGAAGUUGUCAGUCAACUAUUUACAACUUUAUUCAUCUGGAAUUAAACCAGACAAGGAUGACAGGUCUAGGAAAAGGUCUUCAAGAAAGCGUCGAAGUGAGAUGAGCUAUGACAUUAAUGCCAAUGUGAAUGGACAAAAUCUAUCAAAGAAUGACAUAAACACUAUCCGCCGAUCACAAGUGCCUCAAGUUAUAGAUACAUUAUGGCACCUUCACCCGAGGGAUAUGCUACCUGCAAUUUGGUUCAUCUUUAGUAGGAAAGGAUGUGAUGCAGCAGUUCAGUAUCUCGAAGAUUGCCAACUCCUAGAUGAGUGUGAGAUGAGUGAGGUUGAACUGGCCUUGAAGAGGUUCCGCAUUCAGUAUCCUGAUGCUUUAAGAGAGUCUUCAGUCAAGGGCCUUCUACGAGGGGUUGCUGCACACCAUGCUGGUUGUCUGCCUCUGUGGAAGUCAUUUGUAGAAGAGUUAUUUCAGCGUGGGCUUGUCAAGGUUGUUUUUGCUACAGAAACUCUUGCUGCCGGUAUCAAUAUGCCUGCUAGGACAACUGUUAUUUCAUCUCUCAGCAAAAGGAGUGAAAGUGGACGUGUCCUACUGAGCUCAAAUGAAUUGCUUCAAAUGGCUGGACGUGCUGGUCGAAGAGGCAUUGAUGAAAGGGGUCAUGUUGUUCUUGUGCAGACUCCCUUUGAGGGGGCUGAAGAAUGCUGCAAGCUUCUUUUUUCUGGACUUGAACCUCUUGUGUCACAAUUUACUGCUUCAUAUGGGAUGGUGUUAAAUCUUCUCGCGGGUGGAAAAGUUACUCGUAGAUCAAAUGAAUCAGAAGGCAUGAAAGCAGCCCAAACUGGACGGACUUUGGAAGAAGCUAGGAAAUUAAUUGAACAGAGCUUUGGAAAUUACGUGGGGAGCAAUGUUAUGCUUGCUGCAAAAGAGGAGCUUGCUAAGAUACAGGAAGAGAUUGAAAUCCUCACUUCAGAAAUUAGUGAUGAAGCUAUUGAUAGGAAGAGCCGGAAGCUGUUAUCAGAUAGGGCAUAUAACGAGAUUGCUGACCUACAGGAAGAAUUAAGGGCAGAAAAGUGUUUACGGACUGAACUGCGGAGAAGGAUGGAACUUGAGAGAAUUUCUGCUUUGAGACCUCUGUUGGAAGAGUUGAAAGAUGGACACUUACAUUUUAUGUCAUUGCAAUAUAGUGAUUCUGAAGGAACUCAACAUUUAGUUGCAGCUGUUUAUCUGGGAAAGGUUGAUUCUCUAGAUGGUUCAAAACUUAAGAAUAUGGUUUAUGCCAAUGAUUCUUUUUCAUUAAAUAUAGUGAAACUGGAAGUUCCUCGCAGUGAUAGUAAAAGACAACACAAUGUUGAAACAUCAUAUCAUGUGGCACUUGGUUCAGAUAACUCUUGGUAUCUUUUCACAGAGAAGUGGGUUAAAACAGUUUACAAAACAGGCUUUCCUAAUGUUGCCUUGGUUCAUGGUGAUGCUUUACCUCGGGAGAUUAUGGCAAUGCUACUUGACAAGGGGGAAAUGCAGUGGCAAAAACUAGCAGGCUCUGAACUUGGUGGCUUAUGGUGUAUGGAGGGAUCCCUAGAGACUUGGUCUUGGAGUUUGAAUGUGCCUGUCUUAAGUAGCCUUUCUGAAGAAGAUGAGGUUCUGCAAUUUUCAAAAGCAUACCAUACUGCAGUAGAAUGCUAUAAGGACCAGAGGAAUAAAGUCUCUCGUUUGAGAAAAAAGAUAGCCCGCACAGAAGGCUUUAAAGAAUAUAAGAAGAUUAUAGACAAGGCUAAGUUCACUGAGGAAAAAAUUCAACGCUUAAAGGUUAGAUCAGAUCGCUUGAUGAGUCGUAUUGAGAAAAUUGAGCCAUCUGGCUGGAAGGAGUUUCUGCAGGUUAGCAAUGUUAUACAUGAAACCAGGGCAUUGGACAUGAAUACACACACUAUAUUUCCUCUUGGCGAAACUGCAGCAGCAAUACGAGGAGAAAAUGAACUUUGGCUUGCCAUGGUCCUUCGUAACAAAGUCUUGCUGGAUCUGAAACCUGCACAGCUUGCUUCAGUCUGUGGAAGUUUAGUCUCAGAAGGGAUUAAAGUUCGUCCAUGGAAAAAUAACAGCUAUAUAUAUGAACCAACCACCACUGUAACAAAAGUCGUCGACUUUUUGGAUGAGCAAAGAAGUUCCCUCCUCCAAAUUCAGGAAAAGCACGGUGUACAGAUUCCUUGCUUUUUGGAUAGCCAAUUUUCAGGCAUGGUAGAGGCCUGGGCUUCUGGAUUAACAUGGCGAGAAAUUAUGAUGGAUUGUGCAAUGGAUGAAGGAGAUCUAGCUCGCCUCUUACGACGAACAAUUGAUUUAUUAGCUCAGGUUCCUAAAUUGCCCGAUAUUGAUCCAUUGCUGCAAAGCAAUGCCAUGAGUGCAUUUAAUGUCAUGAACCGCGCCCCAAUAAGUGAACUGGCUGGAUGAAAUUCAAUGAGACAACUGACACAAUUCUAGAUUUGUGCAACUAAAUCUCUUUGGCUGGUUGUUCCCUGUGGCCAGUUACCUUACAGUUCAUACCUUGUGCCAUAGUCACGAAUACUUCUUGUUCUGCCUGGCAAUUUAUGCUUUAAUCACGGAAAAGACGCCUGGCACAUUGACUGGCGCACAGAACCCCUAUAUAUUGCAUGAUACGAAGAAAGUAAUUGCUUGCUGACUCGCGGUUGAGGAAGCGUGCCAGUCGCAAAGCACAGAUCUUAAAACGCACAAUUGCAACAUUGGUUCAUUGCAACAAGUUACGGCCACAAAAAGUCGUCCUACAGUAAAGGUGUCACCUGAUGAGGAUAUUAUUAAAUCGAUGUACCGUAAUCAUUAUUCUCCUGGCAAUGAUUGCAACAGUCAACUGGUUCCCGGUGCGGGGUACAUUGAGAUCUGUUUCAGGGGAUGCUUGAGACUAGAAAUUACACAAAUCUAAUUAUUGUUGGAUAUUGGUACU